AUGGAGAACGAACAACCCGAGUUGAAGUGGUCUGCACCAUUUGCGGUUGUGCCUCCCAUCAAAUCUGCCUCGAGAGACUUGCGCGGUGACAAGAUCCUACUUCCCCAGUCCGCCCUCGAGCAACUGCUUGCAGCGUCCCCGAGACCACCCGCGCCCUCCAAUUCGACAUUCACUUCCUACGAUCCCUUCAAUCCAUACGCGCGACAGCAGCAGCAGAGCCUCUAUCAUGAAACCUCCCAGCAACUGCCGAACCCUUUAAUGUUUCGGCUGGUUAAUCAAAAGAACGGAAAUACUGUAUACGCCGGUAUCCGCGAAUUUUCGGCCGAGGAAGGGGAAAUUGCGCUGGGCCCAUAUCUCAUGGAUGCUUUAGGGCUACUCCCUACUGACUUUUUUGACGAUUCCCUCCCAAAAGAGCCAUCUGAAUCGACAUCUGGCAUGGUUCUCAAUACUGAACCACGGUUGAUGGUCCACGCCAAGCAACUACCCAAGGGCACCUACGUCCGGCUCAGACCACUCGAAGCCGGCUACGAUCCCGACGACUGGAAGUCACUUCUCGAACGCCAGCUACGCGAAAGCUACACAACACUCACAAAGGAAACGGUUUUAUCUGUGCGCGGCGUCAAGGGCGAAGACUUCAAGUUCCUGGUCGACAAAUUCUUGCCAGAAGGUGACGGCAUUUGCGUGGUUGAUACGGAUCUGGAAGUGGAUAUUGAGGCUUUGAAUGAGGAGCAGGCUCGCGAGACUAUGCGCCAGAUCAUGGCCAAAGUCCAGCCUGGUACUUCCAAUGGAAGCUCAAUAGGAGGCGAGAUCGACGUGUGGAAGCCUAUCAACGGCCAGGUUUUGCAGGGGGAAUACAUCGAUUACGAACUACCAUCUUGGGACCGGAUCCGGCCCUUGACGAUCGAGCUUUCCAAACUCCCUCACCCUGAUCGUAUUGACCUGUUCGUCAGUCCGAGAUCAGCACGACAGCGAGCACGACCACGAGACGCCGAGCAUGUCUUUGGCAGCUUCAAUCCUGCUGAAGACGGCAUCAAGUCCAUUACUAUACAGCCCACGAAUGUCGAAAUGGAGACUGCUGAACAGCUUCUUAUAUCCAUCUAUUACUACCCGCUGGUAGGCAAUCAUCAAGUCCCAAAUCCAGCAACCUUCCAACUCAGGGCUAGGGCUGAGGCGGCGGAACUAUCAAAAGAUGUGCCUUUUGACUCGGAACACCGGGACUCUAGGUCUUCAGACGAAGAUCAGUGUAAGAAUUGUCUUCAGUGGAUUCCGAAGCGGACGUUGGUCUUGCAUCAGAACUUCUGCCUUCGGAAUAACGUUGCCUGUCCAAAGUGCAAACGUGUCUUUAAGAAGGGGUCGGAAGAGUGGGAAAGUCACUGGCACUGCGAGCAUGACGAUGCCUUUGGAGAUUCACCGGCGAGCAAGGCCAAACAUGACGCCUUUUGUCACCUCGAGGUACCGCAAGAGGGGGAUCCAUUCAAUCCGUCGGCAGAAACAAUCUUGUCCGGCUUGACUGCGCAUGAGCUAGCAGACGGCGCGAGAACCACCGACUGCCACUUGUGUAACAAGAUCGUACGGAUGCGAGAUAUGUCAGCUCAUAUGAAGCACCACGAGUUGGACAAAAUCUCUCGAAGAAAGCCCGAAAUUUGCCGAAACAUAAACUGUGGUCGCACCCUACAUGGCGUCGGAUCUGCUGGAGCUGUUGGUGCCGGAACAGCAAUGGGUCAGGGACCCGGGAACGAUCUGGGUCUCUGCUCGCUGUGCUUCGGCCCCCUCUACGUCAGCAUGCAUGACCCAGAAGGCAAAGCGCUCCGGCGACGUAUCGAGAGAAGAUAUCUCAGCCAGCUGAUGACCGGUUGUGGUAAAAAGUGGUGUGGAAACGAGUGGUGCAAGUCAGGGAGGAUAAAUCGUGGACUUGAUGCGAAGGGUGGCAGCGCGCAGGCCGCUCUUCCGCUCGUGAAACCCCUCGUGCAAAGCAUUCCUGAGAUGAAGGAGCCCAUGCACUUUUGCGUCGAUGAGGCUUCACAACGACGGAGGAGAUUAGCGGAAAUGCUGGCGAGUGAGGGCGUAUGGGACUUUGAAUGGUGCAUAGCGGCAUGCGAAGCGGGCUCAGGAGAUUUGGAUAAAGCGCGAGAAUGGCUGUCCAAUUGGGCGCCUACGAGAUGA